AUGAUAGGAAUGACGAAAGAUUGUCAAUUAUUUCGUCACGGUGCAAGAGCUCCCCACAGCGAAGUGACGGAUGCGAAGUUCAAAAGCAAAUUUGCAAAUGGCUUGGGAGAACUGACUACGGAUGGAAUAGAAGGCAAUAAAAAAUUAGGAAAAUAUCUCGAAAAGCGUUACGUGGAGUCAAAAUUCUUGCGGGUCCCAUUGUUGCCACAAGAGUGGCCCAUGUUCGAAGGCUUCGUUUUUGAGUGCUUAGGCCUUCACAAGAACACCACGUUGUUCAAGGACGCCAAGGAAUUUUCAAAAAUGGAAGCCUUAUACAUAGAGAAACUGCUGUUGCGCAUUCAGGUAUUUGCUUUCAAUGUCGGUGCUGGCGACGUGACGACACUGCAGCUAAAACAAGGGAAGUUGUUGCACACCAUCUUGGAAACCUUUAAAGAAAAGAAAGAAGAACAUGAGAAGAAAGGAAAAGUUGAAAAGAAGAAGCUCAUCAUGUAUUCAACGCAGGACUGGAUCUUACAAGCUCUUUUGAAUGGCAUUGGAGCUGCGAAAGAAGCCAUCGGUGAGGGAAUUCCAAACUUCAACUCCAUGAUAAUAUUCGAAAUGCGUACGAGUAACAAAACAUAUACGAUGCAGGUGUUCUAUAAAGACGGCGAAGCCAAUUCAGAGAAGGAAAUCACACAGGCUGUACGUGGCUGCUCUAAAACUCCAUGCCCUUACGAAGAAUUCCUCAGUUGUUGCAAUGAUUACAAAACGACCGAUCCUAACACUGUUUGUCACCUUCCUUGA